GAAAAACACGGCAAACCCGCGACAGACGCAAUUCCACGUUUUGGUGAGGAGCCCAGAUGACAUCUACAAACAGGUUAGCCUUUCCUUCGAAAGUUUCCAUGUUCUCUGACUUGUGUACGACCGCAAGCUGGAUUUGUAAGCGGAAUGGCCAAAAUGACGUCCGUUUCCCGCAUCGUUUGCAGUGCCCAGACGCAGCCUCUCGAGGUUUCUGGAGCGUGAGGUUUGCACAUCCACAGAAAAAAAAAUCACCCGCUGAAGCUGACAGCAGGCUCCGCCAGGAAGUGGGCCCACACCUACUUUUUUCGCGCGGCGUUUUCACACUCUAAAACACACAGCACAGAAGCUCCAGUUCACUUCACUGAGUGCCUAUGACACAAAAAAGGACAGGCGUCACUGGAUUAUCAGCUGCAACCCAUCGGAGUAAUCCAUGUACCUAUGCCAUUCUACCAGCAUUCGAGCAUUUCCUUCGCUUCUUCGCUUCUGAGAACAUCCACAGUUCCAUUUGUUUUACGUCGAUAUGCCAAACGCUUUUCUCCCGGAAGCUGCCUAGGUUGUUCCUCCCCCCAAACCCAGUCUACGCUCUAAUUGUCAUCUCUAGACUUCCAUCUUUUUGGAAUUUUUCUUCCCAUCACCAGGUUUAAAACAUUUCGCUCUGCGUUCUGGAGGGAGUAAGCCCCCUUGAAACGCAUUUGGACUCCCGUUUCUUCUGCCCAUUUGUUAUUUCUGCUUCCAAGUGGACUAAGCCCUUCGCAGACCUUGAUGGGGCCUCGUUCUGGCGCGUCUCGCUACGCAUGCCGAGAAGCCAUCGAGUCGGAAAUCGCUUGAGACUCCAGAGGUCACUUUAUCUCGGCGCCUCUCGCCGUUCAAACUUCUUGGAUUCUUCCUUUCUCUCUCCUCGUUGUGCCUGACUGUUGACUUCUGUCGGGGUACCCUUCUCCACAGCUGUUUUUCCCUGAUGCCCUGCGUCUUCUGAGUAAUCGACACACACGCGCUCGACAUCGUCCGCGACCCAGGACCAAGCAAUUGAAAUCGAGAAUAACCGGAGACAUUAGAGGACCUGGAUUCUGAACAGGACUCCAGUUACGAGGUACAUCCACCGUCAUUCCGUAGGAGUUCUGACACUGGCGUUCUCAGGAUACAAUCUGUGGCUCUGUCUAUGACAUACGCCCACCGACGCUCUGUAGGAGCUAUGACAUUGUAAAGAUCGAGCGUCAUCUGCGCUACAAAGAACUGAUUAGUUGAUUCGUGUCUGUUCAACUCUCUGUCGCCGUCUGUCGCGUUCAUUUUUCGCAGUCACACAGGCAUUUGCCUCUGUGCUGCUCCAGCGGUUCCCCUCAUUCCUUGCAGCCACUGGCGCUUUGCGGUGUCUUGGGUUUCCUCUCGGCAAGUUCAACUGCUCUGCGACUUCAGACGAACACCACACAACAGGGAGGAGGCAUCGCAGGAAAAGAAAUUUUAGCGGGCAGUGCAGAAAAUGGCAGAAACUCGCCUAGCCAUCGUGCAAGAGAGAGAACAGGCGGUCGAGGAUCGGAGAAACUCCUGCAGGUAGAGACUGGCUACUGAGGAGACCUUGAAUAAAGUCGAGACAGCAUGGCCACAGAAGAGAGAUUGCGUCGGUCUCUCUCGGGAGACAACGAGAGACGACCAACCGACUCUUUGUCUCAGGGCCUCCGUGAAGGAGAAGGCACUGCCGGUGGAGAUGCCUCUUCGCCUUCUCCCUCGGCCUCUCAGUCGUCUCCCGUACAAACCGCGUCUUUCCCUGCUUCUUCUUCUCUCUCUUCUUCUUCCUCUUCGUCUUCUUCCUCUUCGUCUUCUUCCUCUUCGUCUUCUUCCUCCUCUUCUUCUUCUCUCCUUUCCUCGAACUCUCUAGUCGGGCCUCCCGCGUCUUCUUCUCGUGUGGGGUCUGUGUCGUCUCUCCCUGCAGACGGACUCCAGAGAACAGAAAGCUCGUCUGCGCGAUCUUCUUCGCCAGGCUCUCAUCUUGCGCCUCCGUCUUUCGAUUCUCUCGACGGAAGCUCUUCUUCUCGUUCCCAGGAGGAAUCGCCUCCGUCUUCAGAAAAAGCUGCAUGCGCAAAGAAGGGAGAGACGAGUCUCCUUGCGGACUCGCUGCUGUCUUUGUCUCGCGGCAUCUCUCCCCCGUCCUUCGCUGCACCGUCUGAGAGCAAACAAGAAGCACCGGUCGCUUCCUCUGAACAGGGCCUCGUCGGCGCGUCUUCGCUUUCUUACGCAGACCGCUCUCCUUCUCUCGCCUCGUCUCCUUCUGCCUCCUCAGGUACCUCUUGUGCUUCUUUUCCAGCUUUGCCCGGCGACAGGUUCUCGUCUGCUUCACUCCAUUUAGAAGAUCGCACCACGAGGCUCGUGCAGCUCGCGACCGACCUGCGAGAGAAGUCGAGCCCAGACGCGCGGAGUCGCUCCUAUGCCAUGACAGAGCCUAGAUGGUCUCUUGGGCCGUUGGUCGGCUGUCGAGGCUCUCCGAGGAGGCGAAGGAAGCAGGAGCAGACCAACGAACCUGCAUGCGGCGCGAGUAUCGAGCGGCGAGAGCCGCGCCUGCGAUGCAUCCAAGAAAAAAAGGCGUCGACUGUGGACGAGAGAGGAGACGCCCAGACGGACGGGUCGUCGGACGAAGAAGAAGACGCGGUUCUCGAGUUCUGUGACGAUCGCCUCGAAUCGCGAGAUGUUCUCGUCAUAGGUGACGACUCUGAGGAUUCACUUGCACAGGAUUCCAGAGUGCUUGCUGAAGACGAGGAUAGCGGCCAAGAGACAGCCGCGACGGAGACAGUUUUGUCUCCCGAAGACGCGCUGUUCGACGGUGGGGUUCACCCGAGGAGACGGACUGCCUCUGACGACUCUGUCGCGGCUCUUCAAGAGUUUACGUCUCUCUAUCGAACUGCUCUCAACAAGAAAGGCAUUUCUUGUUGCGGCUAUCUAAAGAAAAGAAGUCCAAACAGACUCGUGGGCUGGCAGCGCCGAUGGUUUCUUCUGAAAGACAAGAGGCUGCUUUACUAUCGCCAGCCAGGGGAUCGCCUCCCCGCUGGACGCAUAGAUCUCGAGCUCGUGAAAAUCAAAAUUCAGUGUCUGUGGGAUCCGCGACAGUUUCACGGCGGCCUCCUCUGUCGCAGCGGCAGCAUGCUCGAACCGUCUUCAGGCUACUCUGCUGCGAGUGGCUGGGUGGAGUUGUUGUGUUGCGGAAGCGGUCCGAAAGGCUCUCAGCUCGUUUUCGCAGCAAAUGACUUGCAGAAGGAAGUGCGAUUUCGCCUGAAGCCCGUUGGAUGCAAACGCGUCUUUGAGCUGGCUGGUCCUUACGCGGAGGUGGUGGAGUGGAUCGACAAACUGAGACAAGUCGUGAAGAGUUGCCAAGUAGCGCAGCGCUACGUUCAUCGAGUAGCGGAGCAGAGCGGCUUCUGGAAGGUCGAGAGGAUUUCUCCGGAGAAGUUCGAGGACAUUGUCGAUACGGGAGACAUUGCUUUGUUCAGAACGAGAAAGUUCCCCGCCAAACUCCAGCGGGCAAUCACCCGCGGGCACUACGAUCACGUCGGCAUGGUUCUCCGAAACCAAGACAAUGACAUUUUCAUCCUAGAAAGCAUGGGGGAUACUGGAGUGAUUAUGACUCCAUGGCGGACUUUCGUUAAGGCGAAAUGGUACACCGCCUAUCGGAAAGUAGUCCUGCGUCGUCUCCGGUGGUCGAGACAGCCGGAAAGUUUAGCGCGUCUUCUCGCCUUUCUUCAGAAAGUCGUCGGCAGAAACUACGAGCUCACUUUCUCGAAAUUGUUUGCGAGUGGCAUCGCAGCAGACAAGCCGGACAAAGGGUAUUUCUGCUCGGAGCUCGUGGCGUCGGCUCUCAAGGAGAUUGGGGCGCUUCCGGAGGACACGCACUGCGCACGCUACUGGCCUCACAACUUUGCUGCGGGCAGCGCGCUGAAGUUGAAUGAAGGAUUUGAGUUGGACGAAGAACUUUUGGUGGAUUUCUGUCUCCGGUCGAGACCCAGAAAACACCGCGGACACAGAGUGAAGGAAGGACGGACAGUGCCGUCUCCGACAGCUACCCCGCAAAUUGAGGAGUUGUCGGACAGCGACUCUCGGCCUUUUCCGCCCUCGAGGUCUGGCAACGGAAAAGGCUCUUUUCUCGGUUCUGUGGGGGACGUGGAGACAGAAGCGUUGCGGACAGAGACACCAGAGACACCCGAAGGCGCGCAUGCAUCGGAGCACAAAACCGACGAACGGGAAGCCGUUUGAAGGCAAAGUGGAUCGACACACACAAACACAAGCUGGACGGGCGUCGACGACCCCCGGAAAAAAGCGAAAAAGAAGGCCACACACGCGGAGUGAAAUAUCAGGUGAAACCAAUCAUUCAUACAGUAGACGCACGCAGGUAUAUGCACAGAUCUGUAAGUAGGUGCAUGGAUAUAUUUGCGGAUUAAUGGAUGCAUGGGUGUGCAUGUGCGGAGGAAGAGUGUGCGAUGUACGUACGGUCAAGAAUGAUUAUUUAUGUGUCAAUGUACAAACGUUUCACCGUGUUUUGUCCAUGAGUCGGUGAGGAGCCAUUCCUGCUGAAGGCACAAAAAAGUUUUUAAAGGGUUCAGGGGAAACUUUCUGCGUGCAUGACUUGGAAUGCGAAAAUAUACUACAGAGGAUUCAUUGGCCGGCCAAGGCAACUGCCGUCAAACGGAUGAUACAAAGAAGUGUCUGCGCAUUGGUUUUGUACGUACUCAAAACGAAAUUCAAAUGUAAAUUAUUUCCUUUAUAUUCUGGUAUGUGUGUAUAUAUACACAUAUAUUGAGGCGCAUGACCGUGUAAACUAUGCAUUAGUGACUGUUGUGUUUCUGGCCCGAUUAACUCUCACAGAAAAAGUUGUGAAGAAAGUCUGGUGUGCUUACGAGUACGGGAAGCGACACAGUAAAGCCAGUAGGAAAAGUGGGGCGUUUUGAGUACACGCUUUUUCUGCAUGAGACGCCGAAUUUUAGGGAUACAUUUGCCUUGCGUGCGUUCAAGACGAGAGCGAGCUUUCUUUCGGGAAGGCCGUCCGCUGGUUUAGUGCCGACCGAUCGAAGGUUACACGGUUUAUGUCUGAGUUGUCAGUACUUUGCUUUCGUUGUUACCUCUUGUGUCGCGAGUAGUAGGUGGGAACACACGAAGGGGAACAGAGAGGCAGUUGAUUUCCAGCCUUCGUUCACCGCUCGCGGUUGUCUGGUAUUCCUAGGAAGUUUCAAGCGAUAGGUGUCUGUUUUUUUAAGAAAGGGUGUAUGCAUUUGCAAAACGCCUCGGGGAAGAAGUCUGCGCAGGGGAGGGACAAGACCUGUGGUCUGUCGUCUUCUUAUGCUUGUAAAAGUGUCUUCAUGGUGCGCCGAAGAUCUGUGAAGACGGCACGGAUUUCCUGUGUCCUCUCAGAGGCGUAGCGUUGGCAGAAACGUAUGUAGGAGUCGCUUUCGUGCAUGUAAACAGUGUUUCGAGGAUGGAGGUGCGGGGGAGGCUUUUUGGUGCAGACGGGUGGUUUCUGGAAUGCUGUAUUGCCGGUCGUUUCUUUGUUGUUUGUUACUUUUGGGCGACGACACAACUCCCUGGUUGUGGUGGUUCCCCGUCAAGCACCCUGUUCAUCGGAAAAAGUGGAACGUGGGGAACUUUUAUAGAACAGGGAACUUUGUGAUUCUAAACACCAACGGAAUCGAGCUUUCGUCUGGCGUUUCCGCAUACUACAGGUGCACCUUACACUUGUCGCAUUUUCUGAUACGUACACAAACCCCAGUUUCUUCUUUGUGGACUGCGUAUUUCCACGUACUUGAGUAUGGAGAAAGUAAUCACCGAACUUCUUGUAAAAAAGCCGUUAUCCACC